AUGCUGAAAGCUGAUGCUGCCCAGGCGGUGAACCUCGUAUACUUCACCCAGCUCGUCAAUGUCGUGGGAUCUGGAGCGUACGCUCGAGACAUUGUAGCCGUCGUUGGUGGCGCUCAAGAUACUGUCUGGCUCACCUCAGUGAUACCCAUCCUGACGGUUGUUCUCAGUUCUCCAGUCAGCCAAGCGGCGGAUUUUUGGGGCAGGAAAUGGUUCCUUGUGUGUCUGACCGCCACUGGCUGCGUUGGCUCUAUCGUCGUCUCGCGUGCCAAUUCUAUGCCGAUGGCCAUUGCAGGGUUCACCGUCAGCGGUCUCUCCUUCGGUGCGCAGCCUUUACUCCAUGCUGUCACUUCUGAGGUUUUGCCUCGGACACAUCGCUCCUACGCCCAAGCCAGCGUUAAUGUCUCUGCACCAAUGGGGGCUAUCUUCGGUCUUUAUGUUGGGGGGGCAUUGACUCGCAACACGCGCCCUGAGAACUUCAGAAUAUACUGGUAUAUCGCGGCUGCUAUCUACGCGAGCAGCGCCCUUAUCGUGGCACUUCUGUACAACCCUCCACCACGCCAGUUACAGUUGGAACUGACCUCUAGAGAGAAGAUUCAACGGCUAGAUUGGGUUGGGUAUUUUCUACUUACAAGUGGUUUACUCCUUUUCUGUCUUGGUCUCUCAUGGUCGCAGAAUCCUUAUCCUUGGUCUAACGUACACGUCCUCGCGACCUUCCUCAUUGGCGUGGCGUUGACAAUAGGUCUAGUUGUGUACCAAUGGCGGUUCAAGCACGAUGGUAUGUUCCACCACGGCCUUUUCCGAGAUCGCAAUUUCCCUCUAGCCGUCUUUUGCAUUUUCUGCGAGGGCAUCAGCUUCUUCUGUGCCAACACAUAUUUCGCCUUUGGGAUCAGCAUGUUCCACACACCUGACCCCCUUCAGGUUGGCCUACACUAUAGUAUUGCCUUCUACUCAUACGCCUUUUUCGCCGUCGUUGCAGGGACAAUCCGAGCAGUGAUUAUCGUUGCAUUCAGUGCCCUCCUCAUUUUCAAUGUUCUCAUGGCAACUGUGACUCCCACUACAUCCGUGGCCAACCUUUGGGGCUAUCCGGUAAUUUUGGGCGUGGGACUAGGAUUUUGCUUAACAGCAUUAAUGACGGCAGCGCAAUUCUCAGCUCCAAUUGAGCAUAUCGCUGUCUGUUCCGGGCUCAUGAUAGGGGUGCGCAGCUUAGGUGGCUCUGUUGGGUUGGCCAUCUAUAAUGCCAUCUUCAACUCUGCACUCUCCACUAAUCUUGCUCCAAAAAUUGCCGCGGCGGUCCUGCCCUUGGGUCUACCGGAGACAUCACUCGGCCCUUUCAUUAGUAGUCUGACUGCCAACAACGCCACUGCUAUUGCACAGAUACCUGGUGUCAACAAUGAAAUCAUUCAUGCUGGUGGUGCGGCGCUUCUGGAUGCUUUUUCUGUGGCAUUCCGCUAUGUAUGGGUCGCAGCCGGGGCUUUCGCUCUACCUGCAAUCAUUGGUAAGGUUUUGCCCACCACGGAUUCGUGUGCUAUUAUCGGAUUGGGCAUCUGCUUACAACAUUUUCUCACAGCUGCCUUUUUCAUAUACAAUCCAACCAACGAGUUCAACACACAUAUUGAUGCUCCCGUGGAGACCGACACUAUCAAUCUCCACGAUGGUGUUGAUGAGCUCCAUGAGUCAGAGCAAAAGAUAUAG